AUGACCACUCCGGGCACCACGGAGAUGUUCGCCGGCCUCGCCAUCUUGCUGUUCUCCGUCAGCGCCGGAUUCAACUCCGGCACCGGCGGAUUCGGCUUGCUACUCUGCUUCGCGGGGGUUCUCGCCGGCGCCAACAUCGUCGCCGUCGGCAUCCUGGCGCCCGUCGUCCCGGCGGUGUUGGCCGAGGCGCGUGCUCUCGCAGAGUUCCUUGGUCGCAACCUCGGCGUCGUGGGGCUCGUGAUGGCUUCCUGCGCCGUCACGGCGAUCUCCGGCGAAGCAGGUCAGGUGUUCUGCUUCGGCAUGUUUGCUCUGCUCCUCCUCGGCCUCUCCCUGAUCAGCGUUGGGAUUCUUGGCGAAUAG